AUGCAACAAGUAGGCUCAAGUGGGACCCCAACGCUCGCACUGGGAUAUUCCUGGGGCUACGAAGAAGCAUCCACAGCGUAUCGCGAUUAUGACAUCGAGGCGGGACAGGUGGUCAUCAGUCGCAAUGUCAACUUUGACGAGUCCACCUUUGGACUUUCGUCGCCAACCAUCGCUGAAGACACCGAUGACCUUGACUUCGACUCCUUCGAUCUGGAUGAUGAAGCGCCAGGUCAAGAGCAGUACAAGCAAACAGGCAAGCGCAAGAGUCGUCCCCAUGAUAAAGGAGUACCAGUUCCACCCACGCGCACAGUGCGUCAACGGCCUGGACUAGAAGAAUCGAGUACGCCAGACAAUCACACGACCCACCAAGAAGAAGAUGAAGAAAUAAAGAAUGCUGACGCAUCGACUCCGCCUGUAUUUUGGCGUGCGAGUGCGAACGCCAUCGAAACGGCAGUAGACUUAUCCGAGCCAUCGACUUUUGAAGCUGCGGUGAGCGGUCCUGAUCAAGUGCAUUGGCGCGAAGCUAUCCGUGCGGAACUUGAGUCGAUGCGACUUCGUGAAGUAUUCCGCGCAGCCAAGCUAACUAAAGGACAUCGCGCCAUUGGCACGGAGUGGGUCUUCAGGAUCAAGCGCAAAGCGGACGGAUCAAUUGACAAGCACAAGGCGCGUCUUAUGGCAAAGGGUUUUAAGCAACAGUACGGGAUCGACUACACGGAAACGUUCUCACCCGUGGUCAAGUACGUGACGCUGCGCAUGGUGAUUGCAGUUGCCAAGUAUUUCGGAUGGACCAUCGACCAACUCGACGUGGUGACGGCAUUCCUGUAUGGUGUCAUGAAGGAACAAGCGUUCUGCGUCAUGCCUGAAGGCGUGGAAUUGGAGGGCCCCUUCGAUUGUCUGGAGUUGGUGAAGGCAAUCUAUGAACUCAAAAUUGUGGAAGGGCAAUGCGUGCUGCUGCUGGUGUAUGUGGAUGACGUGUUGAUCACCGGUAGCUCAUGCGAUCUAAUUGCACGCACCAAGACCGACCUGAAGACACGAUUCGAGAUGACUGACAGCGGCAAGUGUGCAUUUGUGCUUGGAAUCGAGCUUUUGGACGGCGCAGAUGGAAGUGUGACACUAUUCCAGCGUCGGUAUGUGGAUGACAUACUCAAGCGCUUUGGCAUGGACGAUUUCAAGGCCGUCGCAAGUCCAGUCGACAUGAACUCUCGACUUGUUUCAAGUGAUGCAACUACCAAGGUCGAUGCUCCUUUUCGCGAAGCUGUUGGUGCGUUGAUGCACCUGACCACUGCAACACGCCCGGACAUUGCGUUCGCCGUGGUCUAUGUGUCGGGAUUCAUGGAGAAUCCCCAAGAAGAACACUGGGUUGCAGUUAAGCACUGGGCUGGUGAUCUUACCGACCGCAAGUCAACUUUGGGGUACACGUUCAUGCUACCUGUUGCGCCAGUGAGUUGGGGCAGCAAGAAACAGCCAAGUGUUUCGUUGUCCACGAGUGAAGCUGAAUGCAUCGCACUCAGCUUGGCGAUUCAAGAGGGCAAGUGGAUUCAUCGUCUACUUUGUGAGAUCAUGAUGGCUGCCAAUGAAGAAGGACCGGAGCUCAUGAUCCAUGAAGACAAUCAAUCGUGUAUCAAGAUGACGAAGAAUCCGGUCAACCACGGCCGUGCCAAGAACAUUGACAUAGAGUAUCAUCACAUCCGUGAUGAGGUCAAGCGCGGUGAAGUGAAGCUCAAGUACUGUGAAACUGCGGUGAUGUUAGCGGACAUCAUGACGAAGGGACUUCACGGGCCACGCCACAAGGAGACGACACCGACUCUCGGGAUUCGUGCGUGUUCGCAUUGA